CUGGCACCAGUCAGUUAUGGAAAGAAGGUAAUGGCAGAUCGUGAAAUCUCAAUUUUUCACCCCCCGUGCGUCACCGUCACAGCAAUAAAUAUAAUAUGAUAAGCCCCAUCCUCCGCACCGAACUUGCUUAAUUUAUUUUCAAGAGAAAGUACAAAAUUCGACGAGGUCGGGUCAGUUUCAGAGGUUGUUUUGUGUUUGGGCUGUGAGCUGUAAAUGGCGGUCUCCUCGUACAAAUCCCCCAUCUCUUUCACUUGCCGUCCACGGCUUGGUCUUCGGAACUGCCUGUUCACGCCGUCGAUUCUUCACACGAGGCAGCGAAGGAAUUUAGCUACGACCACUCUGGUCUCUGCUUUGCCUGUGACUGUUUCUGAGAGUUCAUCCCCGCCAAUUAAGUCUUUCAAUAAGUUGAUCGAGUCGCUGAUAAAUCGGGUGGACUUAUCGGAGGCUGAGGCCGAAGCUUCGCUGGAUUUUUUGCUGAAUGAUACCAAUGAGGCAUUGAUAAGUGCUUUUCUUGUGCUGCUGAGAGCCAAAGGAGAGACAUAUGAAGAGGUUGUGGGAUUGGCAAGGGCGAUGCUCAAGCGUAGUGUGAAGGUAGAAGGGUUGGUUGAUGCGGUUGACAUUGUUGGAACGGGCGGCGAUGGAGCAAACACAGUGAACAUUUCCACAGGGGCUUCAAUACUUGCUGCAGCUUGUGGUGCGAAAGUUGCAAAGCAAGGAAACAGGUCAAGUUCUUCUGCAUGUGGCAGUGCCGAUGUAUUAGAGGCUCUGGGAGUAGCUAUUGAUUUAGAACCCGAGGGGGUGAAGAGGUGCUUGAAUGAAGGAGGAAUUGGAUUUAUGAUGGCUCCAAGAUAUCACCCAGCAAUGAAGAUUGUCAGCCCCGUGAGGAAAAAGCUGAAAGUGAAAACUGUGUUCAACAUAUUGGGCCCAAUGUUGAAUCCGGCAAGAGUACCCUUUGCUGUUGUCGGUGUAUACACGGAAGACUUGGUCCUGAAAAUGGCUAAAGCAUUACAGCUCUUUGGCAUGAAAAGAGCAUUAGUUGUUCACUCAGAGGGCUUAGAUGAAAUGAGCCCCCUUGGACCUGGGUUAAUCCUUGAUGUCACUCCAGAAAAGAUUGAGAAGUUCUCUUUUGAUCCAUUGGAGUUUGGCAUUUCUCGCUGCACUCUUGAUUGUUUGCGAGGCGGAGGUCCAGAGUAUAAUGCAGACGUAUUAAAGCGUGUAUUGUCAGGGGAGAAAGGGUCCAUUGCUGAUGCAUUGAUAUUAAAUGCGGCGGCUGCUUUAUUGGUUAGCGGCCAUGUGAAAACCUUGAGUGAAGGAGUAACUUUGGCUCGUGAAACGCAAGAAUCAGGAAAAGCUCAUGAGAAGCUUGAUUUGUGGAUCGAUAUUUCCAAUAAAUCAAAAAAAGAUGCAGCACCGAAGGGCGCUUUAGGCUUCAAUAUCAAUUAGAGAGUUCGAAGAUUGAAAGCCGUAAAUGAAGUAUGGCAAAGAUUAAUGUAUUCGGAUAUGUGAAGGAUUCAAUUUAAUGGAUGCAUUUAUCAUUAUAAUUCAUCUUGUUGGAACAGAUUGUUUAAACAAUAAGAAAGUUCACUAACUAUAUAUUGCAUAACAAUUUUGAAUAGCCAAAUUUUGUAAUUGGUAGAGCUUUGUGCUACAGAUUGAAAAUCGAGAGAUGAUUAUGCCAGUGUUGUUCCUCUAGAUGAAAGAGAUGUACAAGAAUUUAUGAAUGCAGAAUUUUGAUUUUUUAAGUGUUUAAAAUAGAUAGUCUCACAAUAUGCCAGAGUUGCUGGAAAAUGAAAUAAGGCAAUGAAUGUCACUUAUCA